AUAUUUGUUGUGUACUGACCACCAUGUUGGCCAGUGGAGCAGAGCUGAACGGAAAAAAGAGAACCGGCUUCACAAUUACUUAGGAAUAAAUGGCAAUAAUGGCAAAGAUCCUUCGACUUUCCUAACCGCCGACGGAAAGCAACAAUUUCGUUGUGAGAAAUCUCAGGCCAAAUAU